AUGGAUAUACCAGAGGGUAAUGGAAACCCUCUGGGUAAUGGAAAUGGUCGAGCUAGGCAGACUCGACCGAUUGGGCUUGGAGAUGCACCAAACCGCCACCAGCAAAGAAGAGGGAUUGUCCCACCUCCUGUCCAGAACCACAAUUUCGAGAUCAAGCUGGGGAUGAUUACCUUAGUCCAGAACAAGAUGUUCCAUGGAUUGUCUUGUGAAGAUCCCAUUGAUCACUUGGAUGAGUUUGAUAGGCUGUGUGAUCUGACCAAGAUGAAUGGUGUCUCUGAAGAUGCCAUCAAGCUGAGACUCUUCCCUAUGUCUCUUGGUGACAAGGCCCAUCAAUGGGAGAAGAGUUUACCCCAUGGAUCAAUCACUACAUGGGAGGAUUGCAAGAAGGCAUUUCUUGCCAAGUUCUUCUCUACUGGUCGCACUGCUAAGCUGAGAAGCGAGAUAUCUGGUUUCACUCAAAGGAACAAUGAGACAUUUGCUGAAGCUUGGGAGAGAUUCAAGGGUUACACCAGUCAAUGCCCUCAUCAUGGCUUCAGCAAUGAGUCUUUGCUUUCCACACUUUACAGAGGAGUUUUGCCAAGAUACAAAGAGAUGUUGGACACAGCCAGUAAUGGAAACUUCCUCAAUCAAGAUGUAGAUGAUGGCUGGCAGCUUGUGGAGAACAUUGCUAACUCAAGUGGGAGCUAUGGAGAGGAGUAUGAUCGCACAAACAGGAGCUCGACCUCCAACUCGAUCGAGUCUGAUAGUAAGCUGAGAAACGAUGUCAAGGCACUCAAUGAGAAGUUGGAUACGCUUAUCUUAGCUCAAUCCACAAUGAAGAAGGCCAACUUUGUUUCUAAAGAAGAGAUGGUUCAAGGCCAAGAAGAGGAGGAGAAUCAGUUUGCUGAAGUGUGCUACAUUAAGAAUGGACAAGGAGGUUAUCAAAACGGUUACUAUGGCUACAAGUCACACCCUACCAUGUCCUACAGUAACACUGAUGUUGCCAAUCCUCAAGAUCAAGUCUACCCUCCGCAGCAACAGGCUCCAGCGAGUCAGCCUCCACAGCAAGGAUAUGGUCAGAAAGGGAAUUUCCAGGGCCAUCAGGGAAAUUAUCAAGGACAACAGCAGAGUGUACCAACUGGGUAUGCACCUCAAGCGCCUCAGGCUUCACCAAGUCAGGAACAAGAAAUAAAAGCCAUGUUGAAGCAGCUCUUACAAGGUCAAGCAGAUGGUGCUAUGGAGAUAAGCAAGAAGUUGGCUGAGAUGAACUCUAAGAUUGAAUCCUUGAACACUAGAGUUCACUCUUUGGAACACCAUGCUUCUUCUUCUGCUGCUAAGCAAGGUCAAUUUCCUGGAAAGGCUGUUCAGAAUCCAAAGGAGCAUUGUAGAGCGAUCUUCACUCAAGAGGAAGGAUUUGAUCAACAAGCUGCUAAUGAGAAGGAUAUUGAGGAGAUCUGUAUGCUGCUUAAUAAUGAAGACAAUGUUGUUGCUGAUGCUCCUGGAGUCCAGUACGCUCAACCUGAAGUGCAAGCUCCUCAGAUAGCUAUCCACGCUUCACCGGUUGAGCUCGCACAACAAGCUCGAUUGGCAGCUCGAUCGAGCCAGACCGUCUCACCAGCUCGAUCGAGUCAGAUGCUCGAUCGAGUCAGAUGCUUUAUGCUCCAACACCAUCUGAUGAUGACACCUACAAGCCCCCUGUUCCAUUUCCAAGUAGAAUCCUUACCAAGAAUCAGAAAAAAGUCAUCACCAAGUUUAGGAAUGACAUGA